GGCCCCUCGGGCCGCCCCCACGGCGCGGCCAUGGCGGGCGGAGCGCGGCGCCUGUACCGCCGCAUCCUGCAGCUGCACCGCGCUCUGCCGCCCGCCCUGCGCGACCUGGGCGACCGCUACGUCAAGGAGGAGUUCCGGAGGCACAGGGCGGCCGGGCCCGCCGAGGCCCAGCGCUUCCUGCGGGAAUGGGAGAACUAUGCAGCACUGAUCCAGCAACAAAUUAAUGAGGACAAACAAAACUUGAGAGAAAAGGCUGUAUAUGGAAUUCAGCUCACAGAAGAAAAACUUAAUGACUUCCGUGAUGAACAGAUUGGGCAGCUGAAGGAACUGAUGAACGAGGCUACCAAACCUCAUAAAAAAAUCACCAUUUCUAAAGACUCAGAAUACAAAACCUAAAAGAUUAAAAGAAUUAUUUUAAUGCAUAUGGAAGCAUUUUGAAACUGCUUUUUCCAGUUGUACUUGAAUGUGAUUUCUGUGAGAUAAUGGACACUGCUGAUGCUAUAACUUGUCUGAAGUGGAUGUGUUUGGUUUUCUGUGCAAGAACAAAUGGGAAAAUGGAAUAAUCACACUUUCAUGUUAAUUGCAUUAUUUUUUCUUCUUUUUGUUUUUUUCCUCCUAAUGGAUGUUGAAGACUGAAAGAAUUUGGGGAAAGUAAAUUGACAUUUUUAAAAUAUGGAGUUGUUAGUUUUGAGGUUGUUUUGCAAUCUUGGCACCUACAGGGCAAAACAUCUUUCUGUUUGCUUAUAAUUCUCUUCCUUAAUGGAAAAGAUCCUAUUAGCAUUUAUUUUCUGGUGAGGAUUCAGUAGACAAAGGAAUGGUACUAGAAUGUGUUUGUUUUCAUGGAAAAAAAAUGAGCAGUAUUAGAAAAGCAUACUGCUGGUGAAAUCACAAGUUGGUUUUCAUGUUGAGCUUUAUUGUGAAAUGGACUUUAAAUAAAAGAUGUAGCUCAUUAUUAAAUUAAUCUUGAAUCACUCUUAUGCAGAAAAUUCUGUGUUUUUUUCAAAGCUAAAUUCAGAUUAUUGUUAGUAUCUAAAAUUUUAAAAAACCUUUCAUGAAUGUGUUGUGCUGUAGUUUGAAUUCAAAAGUUCUUUAAAAACUUGGGAUCCCAUAUAAUGCAAUAUUUUGUACAGACCAGAAUUUGUAAAUGACUCAAUGACAAAAAUGAUCCUGUUGAUAAUACUGUAUGACCAACAUCAGUAAUUUAUUUCUAAUAGGUUAGGUCUUCAGUAAGACAACGUGUGCUUGUUUUAACAUAUACUGUUGGGACUAAAAAAGAAAGGGGGUUUUAUCUGUUGAGAAAAACACACACCUUUCUGUGCAAAAGACAGCUUUAAUUUCAUCUUCCAAACCUAGUUUUAUAUUAUUAGUUUUGUUCUAUUUCUGGACCUUUCUCUGUCUGUUACUCACAGCACAUUUAAGACAACAAAAUUUCUUUGCUCUUGGGGAGUAACAGCUUUGACAGGGAAGCACAUUUCCAUCUGUCUCAAUUUGUAACAACAUGCUGUUUGCCAAAGCUGCGCUCCAGGUUCCUAAUGGAGUGGGGACCAAUUUGGGCAGCAGCCUCUUUCUUUCUCCUGUACCUCUCUUCCCAGUUCUUUGAUGGGAUUGCAGGCAGCAGGUUGCUCACUUCUAUUAAAAGUUCACUUGCAGGAGUGCUGUGUGAGAAAUUUGUGGUUGCUUUGCUGCAUGUUCCUCUGGCACCCGCUGCCUUUGUUGUGUGUGCAGUAGGAACGUGCUGUAGCCUCAGGCACCCAGUGCAAACAGGAUGGAAGGGCAGAGAUGACCUCCAGGCUGCAGGGCUGUCCACAGGGCCUGAUUCUGGUGCUGCAGGGGCAUGGUUGGAGAGAAUGGCAGCUCCUUCCUGGGUUGCUCCAUAACUAGGAUGCCCCAGCAUCAAAGUGGGAAGAAAAUGGCAUGUGCAUACAGGAAGUUUGAAAAUUGUCUCUGAUACUGCCAUUCACACAUUCCUAAAGUCUUACUGUUUUUACAGUUUAAAGGCUGUAAAAAUCUAAUCCAACUCUGGAGUUUAGGGCAUAAAGAUUUAUUCUGUUGCUCUUCCAUCAGAUGUAAUCAGUAAUUCCAUCACUAAAUCUAUUUGGUUUUCAUACCAAAAGUGGUUUUUGGGUGUUGACAACAGAGUUUGUUUCCAGUCCUUGAUUGGUAGUAGACCUGUGCCUGAUUCCCAGUCAAUAUCCAAGUUGCUUCCAAUUUAUUUCAAAUCCUGCGAUUUAAAGCACCGUUGCUUUUAGCAAUGUAACUUGUUAGUUCAAUGAAAACUAGUUAAAAUACUUGUUUUGCAUCUGUCUACUCAUGUAUGCACCUAGAUUUUUAGAGGCUAAAUUAAUUAAUAAUGAAAAGUUGCUUUAUGGUAUGAAAAACUUCAGCUUGCAAUGAGACCUAAGGGGAGUUGGACGUGAGGGUAAACAUCUUUACAUCCACAGUUCAUUGUCUAGUAAAUCCAACUUUUUUUUUUCUUUCAUUCCCAGCAGUAGUUUGUAUUUGGUACAGUAUUUAUGUUCUUGUUUUAAACAACUCUCACAAAAGCCAAAAUUCCAUUACAGGAAUGAAGCAUCUUUUAAGGUUGCUGGCUUUAAGACAGGCAGGGCUAAUAGUAAGGUGUGCUCUGGUCUGAGCAGGGCUUAUGUGAGUGGUGGGGCCCCACAGAAGCUUCAUGAUGCUGACACUGCCACACAUUAAUAAAAUUCUUUGAUAUACAAGCGUGGUUAAUGACAGUUGAGGAAAACAGUGAGUUGGAGGGAGCUGAAGUUCUAAGUAGCUGCAAAAGGUACAAAUUGAAGUCUUAUCAACAAGUAAAGAAUUUUCAGAAAUCUGUCUCCUUAAAAACUACUAGUUUUGAUAUGCAAAGUUACAUAUCUUGAACAAAUAAAACGUCUUUCUUUCAGUGUUAUGCCUAUGAUUAGGGUUUAUGCCUUUUUAAACUGACUGCCUGGCAGAAGCUAUUAGCACAUAUUUAUUUCUUAAAAGUAAAUGAAUAAUGUAACAUCUUGAAGGUAGGAUUUAUGAAGACGUUUUAUUCCUUAGCUAUUUGUUCUUUAGUAUUUUUGAAUUAUUAGUGGACAUUCUAUUUCUUCUUCUUGAAUAUGUAUUUGUGAGACACAACGCACGGAUGAAUCAGUGGCCAAAUUUUCAUUGGCUUCUAGGUAAAAAUAUUGGGCAAUUAAUGAAGGAAGCAUGGCUUUCCCUGCCUGUCAUGAUCUAUUUUAUCUUCUACUUUCUGUAGCUAAACAAAUAGCAGAGGGAAGGCUGAAUCUUCCAGCAGAGUGAUUUACUCAAGUGGGACCACAGAGGAUCUAUGUACCUUUGAUGUAGUGUGAAAGCUGAAUCACUGUGAAAAACAGCUCACAUUCUAGGGCAGAAUAAGUCUCUGUGUGCUAUCCUGCCUAACUAUUGAUUUUCAGACCUCUUGGAAAGAGUUUCAAGGUAAAUCCUUCCUGUUAGAUAGCGUAGAUGCAGGAGGGUAUAGAUGCAGCAGCACAGGUAUUACUGGGCUUGUUUGAUAAACAGGACUGCCUGGUGGUCUCCUACUGCUCCAUGUCCUGGUGCUGGACCAGGCUUGGUGUGCCUGCCUCACAGUGAGCAAUGGUUGUACUAGUUUGAAAACAAACCAGUGGAACGUUCCAAGGCAGAACUACAAUUUAAUAGGAAAAUUAUAACAAAGGCAAUAGUACAGAAACACUGGCUUAAACUGACAGUCAGAAUACAACCUGAUACCCUGUGUGUCAGGGUGGUGGUAACAGUCUGAUUAAGUGGUGGCUACAGUCCUGUUGGAUGUGGUUUUGUCAAAACAGUGACAAUCCUGUAGAACAAUCUGGUCUUUCUCUCUUGGGGUCCAGGAAUGGGUAUUGAGCUCUUGUUCAUUGGGAAUCCAGUGGUAGUGGUGUUCCAAGCCUCAGACUAUAUCCAGGUAGGAAUGUCUGGUUCCUUCCCCUGGGCUGGGCAUCUCACAAGGGGAUGAUACAUUUUAUGAGUCUUGCAGCGAGACUGGAUGGCCCAUUAGCAGAGAUAGCCCCCCUAGAGGGACUUAACAGGGAUGAGUCAUAGAAAAGAUAAAGAAUUCUGCCCCACCUAUUUUAGCAGCUUAUGAAGAUGGUAAUAGAAUACAUACUUUUGGUUACAUCUUGCCUUGUAACCUAAGACAGUAGUGUACAGAGGGGUCUUCCCUGUCGAGCCACAUCAGGAAUUUGGCUGCAAAGACUGAUGCAAAUUAAAAGGUGUUAGAAGUGAUAACAUUGGUACUUGUAAACAAUCUAUGUUUGUUCAUGGAGGUUAUGCAUCUGCUGCAAAACCACUGGGUUUGGUAGGAACAUUUUAGCCGUUUCAGUGGCCGCAGCUCUGCUCUGGGAGCAGCCUUGAUGGUGCUGAGUCCUUCCAGCUUUUCCAGUGCUCUGUCUACCAGGUAGGGUACAUGUAGAUCACAGAACCAAAUUUUAUUUAGAUGCAACCUUUACGUACGUAUAUACGAAGUGUUCGUUGUUCAUUGAAGUUGAGAGCUAUAAGUGAGUGUAUAAAUUCAGUGCAUAAGAAGGAACUGGUUUUGCUACUUGUAGCAGUGUGUUACGAGGAAAUAUCAGGUGUUUCAACAAGCUCAUUUAUGGGACACGUGAUCCUGCACAACUGAUAUGUGUGGGGAGUUCAGUGUUUAAUCUCUGUGACCAUUUCAAAGCUAGUACUUGAACUAUAAACAAGGAAGAAUCCUUUUUUAAGUGAAAUUACCUUUAGUCGAUGAGUAUUUAUCAACUUGUUGUAAGUGCUUAUUACCACUGUAAAGCCCUUAAUAAGUAGUUUGUUGAAACACCACCACUUGCCACACAACUUCUAUCAUUGAUGAGCCUUCUGGUUUAUGCCAGUUACGUUCUUUGAGGCUUGAAGUGAAAUUUGUGUUAAACAAAUGAACACAUUUACCAGUUUGUUCCCCAGAAGUUCCUAUUCCUGGUUUUGACUGGAGAAAACAUGAGUACAGAACCUGAAACACUGAUAAGUGUUUGUCCUGUGAGAUUAACAGCAAAACCAAUAAAACAUGCAGAGGAAUCUAAGAUGGAAAUUCCCUGUUGGAGUUGUAUCAAAGGCAGGAUUUCACUUAGCUUUACUGUGGUGGAAUAAUGUACAGAAUCUGCAGCGCAGAAAGUCUGCCAGAGCAGACUACUUGAGUACAUAUUAAAAAUAUCAUGCUGUUAUCAGUGAAGUCACCUUUGAUUAUAAAUUAAAAGAACUUUUCAGAGCUGAAAAAAAAAUCUCUAGUUAAUCAAAUUCUGUAGUUAAAACUGAUUUGAGAACUCCAUCCUCCUCAAUUUAUAAUGUGAGCACAUACUACUGGGUAGUGGGAUAAUGGACCUGUCCUAAGUAUCAGCUUAAGAUGGUAUUGUAGAGUGCUCCCAGAAUGUACUCUCAGGUACUGUAAAAAGGAAAACUCAUUUGUGGCUUUUCUUUACGAAUGAUUAAGCUGAAAUACUCUGUUUUUUAUUUCUGAGUUAAAUUACACCAUUCCUGUCCAGUUCAGCUAUUCCAAAUUAACACUGUCAAUUGAAAGAUGAGCUUGGAGAAGAAAUUAAGGGCAUUUUAAUGUGCAGUAAGGUUUCUUUAGAUGCAUCUGUAUUUCAGUCUGCUUUUGUCCUUCAAGUCACAGAAUCACAGAAUAACCUCAGUUGGAAGUGACUCAUAAGGAUCAUCAAAUCCAGCUCCUGUCCCCAUACAGGACAGCCCCAAAACUCACACCACGUGCCCAAGAGUGUUGUCCAAACACUUCUUGAAGUCUGUCAGGCUUGGUGCUGUGACCGUUUCCCUGGGGAUCCUGUUCCAGUGCCCAACCACCCUCUGGGUGAAGAACCUUUUUGUAAUAUCCAGCCUUAAUCUCCUUGGCGCAGUUUCAUGCUAAUCCCUUAGGUCCUCUCACUGGUCACCAGAGAGACUGGCCAGCACAGCACCAGUCAUGCUGUUGGUUGCUGAUUUCACAUGGGGGAACUUAGCUCAGACUCUGAGAGAGGGGAAAUCAACACCUUCUCCACAAACAACUCGGGUGCCUAAUGAUGUGUGACAGACAUGUUGCUGUGGUGUGGACAGGAGUGUGGCACACACAGAGCUGCACAUCUGCAGCCCCUGCCUGCUGCUCACUGGCAGCCCCUGCCCAGGAGACUGGCAGCCAGGGAAGAAAAGAUUUAGGAAGAACUGGCUUUACUAAAAUUAAAGUCUUCCAAGCAUCUCUUGUUACUUUAAGGUACUUUCCUCUGGAGAGCCACUGCCGAGUGCUGAUCCAUCAGAAGAACUCCAAAGCCACAGCCAAGGUCUUGGUGCCAGACACUGACUCAGACUGUGGGGUCCAGUCUUCCUCAGGCUCAAAAUUCCCUAGUUUGUCCUGGAAAAUUCAGUUUGUCCAUUGCAGGAGAGAGUGGUCAUGGAUGUGUGUCAGCUCCCCUGUGCUCAGGAGUGCAGCAUUGUCUGCGUGCCUCAUGCACUCUGUGUAGCUGUGGCAGGUUCACUGCAGUAACCUGAGACAAUUACUUUGAUUUUGGUGCAGAUACAGCAAUGCAGCCCCAUAUUUUCUAGGGAUUUAGUACAGUGUUGCCUUCCUGAUCCCACAGUGGUGGAAUGGUCAGAAGAAGACCAGCACUGCUUAGUGUUAACUAAUUUUCCCUUCUCCAUUGCUUUCUUUGUCGUAGGCAGUUUGUUUUAGAGCAGUGUGCUUUACUGCACACAAGUCCUACAGAGGUAAAUUCAGUACUUCCUACCUGCUCUUCCCAAGCCCCUGCCUCACAUCCCAGAUCUCAGGAAAGCUUUUGGGUCUAAUUUGGCCCACGCUACUCACCCCAGUAGCUUGCUUUCAAAACUGCAAUGAAAAAGUAAGUUAGAAAAUAUUUUAACCUCUUGCCACCCUCCCAAGCAUCAGGUGAGACUAUAGGAUUGGAAUUGUAAAACUGAGGAAGGGAAACAUUUUUCAUUGUUGCUAUGGAGACUGGAGUUUAUGCAGCAGUGACUUGUUCUGUUUUCUCUCUCCUUUAUCUUAGGCCAAAAAAAAGAAAAAAAAA